AAAAUAUUUAUGUUUGAGAUAUAUCAAUAAGGCUUGUGAAUCAUUAAGUAAAAUUAAUCAACUUUACUACAUUGAAUAGGGAUGUUAUACUAUUAAAAAGAAAUAGAAACAUCAUGUACAGUUUUGAAGGAGAUUAUAGACGUAAACCUCAACAAAAUUUAGCAGGUGCAAGUAGAAGAGAUGGAAAGUCAGUUCUAUUGCAGCAUGUACAAUUAGAACGUUUAAAACGAAAACAACAGCGGAAAAGACAUAAUGCAGUACUGAAAAUACAAGCACUUACGCGUGGUUUCAUAGUGAGAAAGCAUAUGAAAAUGACUAAAAGGAAAGAAUUUGAUGAAGAACAACAAAUAAGUGGCCGUAGAAAUCUAAAUCUAGAUGAGUUAACAAUAUAUUUUCAAAAAUUAUUGUUUUUCUACAAUCACACUUUGGAUGCUAGCAGACUAGUUUGGAUACUACAACAUUUUCUAAAACAUCAAGAAGAAAUUAAACAGAAAUGUGUAAACUGUCCAGAAUGGCUAUGGAGGUUAAGAUGGAUUCUUCGUAUGUGUAUGCAACACAACUCAGAAGCUUUAAUGAAUGGAGCUUAUUCAUUGGCUAUACCAUUGAGAACAUUAGAAACAUUUACAAGUCGAGAAGAUGCAGAGAAAAUUUUACAUGAGAAUAGCUAUAAAUAUUUAGGAAACACCUUUAUUUAUUUGAUAAAACACAAGUAUUUUGAUCAGUUAAGGAAAUUAAUAGAUAAUAAAGUUCCAUCUAUGUUGGAACCUACUUCUGUUGCACCAACUCCAAUUUCAAAAUGUUUAGUGGAUAUGAUUAAACGACCCUUAGAUUUAAUUUCAUUUCUAGAACAGGAAGAUAGUUUUUCUAUGCUUGUUUUACAAGAACUUUGUAGAAGUAUAUUAUCUCCAAAAAUGUCUGAUCCAAUAAGAAUGUUUAUCAUUCCAUCAUUGUCAGAAUUUAUAGAAUUUCCAUAUACUCAAUUAAUUAAAUGUAUCAAUAGAAUUGAAAUAGAACCAACAAUGAGUUUACUUUAUUCCAUUUUAUCUCUGGAAUCAAAUCGAUUUUCUACAUAUGAAUCUAAAGAUGUCCUUAUUAAUUAUUUACAAGUUCUGGCAUCUAUGAGUUCAACUAUAAUAUCGUCGGUUGCUGAAGAAGACAUAGAACUAGCGAACGAUUCGGACUCAGAUUCAUCUAAUGUAACUAUGAUAGACCAAGAACAAGCCGAUAUUUUGCAUGAAUGUAUAGAAAUGUUGAAUGAACAGCAACGUGUUCAAGGAAUACUCCAAGCGGUAGAUAAAAGCAAAGAUCCAGCUAUAUUGCAACCAUUAUGCCAACUUUGUCAUCAUUUAUUGAUCACUGACAAAUUAGCCAUUCAUAAAUAUAAAUUGUUAUAUAUGCUUGCUUUUAAGCCAUUAUUUUUAAAGAAUUUAUGGACUGCUUUGUUAUCGGCUUGCCAAAUGUCACUAUUCGGUGGAGCGACUCCCCUCUUGCAAAUCAUAUCUCGGGGAAUUGGUCUUUCUACUGAAGAUGCGAAAAAAAUAGUUCCACUGCUAGCCGUAUUUUGUUCGUUAUUUAGUUUACUUAUUGCAACGUUACACGACACAGAAUUUUUUAUCCAAGAACAAUCAUUAGAUCCUAGCGGGCAACAAGCAAUGCCGUUUACAACUUCAGAAUUGGUAUUGUUGUCAAGCCACUUAAAGGGCGUUUGCUUAGGUUUAGUUGAACUUGCAUUUCCCGAUAAUCGGCCGACCGUACGAGAUGACUAUAAUAGAGCUGUUCUUGGACCCUCGUGCUCAACUCUACAAAAACAACAAAACACGCAAAUGUGGACACAUUUGCUUAAAGUAACAGUCAAUUUAUUACGUCAAUUGCAUAUGCGAGAUUUGAGACGACAGUUUUGCCCAGAAGGACAUUGGAUCGCUUCAAACAUUGUAAUAACAAUUGAUAAACCUCAAGAUUUCACAUUUCGUAGACGUAGACUGAGGCCAUAUAUCCCCUUUCAAGGACUACGAAUGUUUACCCGAGGAGAACUAGAGGAAGGGCCGCUGCUUUCUGCAAAAGAAGUUCGGACAUUGACGCUCCUUCGCGAAAUACCAUUUGUCGUACCGUUUAAUAAUCGAGUAAUGGCGUUUCAAUCAUUGAUUUAUCGGGAUAAAACAGAACAACAAGGUGAACUAACGCACUUCAUGCAAGGACCAUCGAUAAAAAUAUCGGUAAGAAGAAACUAUCUUUACGAGGAUGCGUUUGAAAAACUAUCACCGGAAAACGAGCCAGAAUUGCGAUUAAAAAUGCGCGUACAAUUUUUCAAUACAGCUGGUUUAGAAGAAGCUGGUGUAGACGGUGGUGGUCUGUUUAGAGAAUUUUUAUCGGAAUUAUUAAAAACAAGCUUCGACCCUAACAGAGGCUUUUUCAGGCUCACCAAGGAUAAUAUGUUAUAUCCAAAUCCUACAGUACAAUUAUUGGUUGAUGAUUUCCCGAAGCAUUAUUAUUUUAUCGGUAGAAUUCUUGGGAAAGCUUUAUACGAGAAUUUAUUAGUCGAACUUCCGUUUGCAGAAUUUUUUCUAUCAAAAAUCGUUGGUCGUCAAUCAGACGUUGAUGUUCAUCAUUUACCUUCUUUAGAUCCGGUUAUGUAUAGAAAUCUUUUGUACUUGAAAAGCUACAAAAGCGAUGUUGCGGAUCUUGGUUUGGAUUUCACCGUACUAUCAGAUGAACUAGGUGAAAGACGCAUUGAUGAAUUGAAACCAGGCGGUGCUAAUAUUCCCGUUACAAAUCACAAUCGUAUCGAAUAUAUUCACCUAAUGGCCGAUUAUAAAUUGAAUAAACAGAUUCGAGCUCAAUGUUAUGCAUUCAAGCAAGGUGUAGGUAGUGUAAUUCCUCUGGAUUGGCUUCAAAUGUUUAAUAAUAAGGAACUACAAGUUUUGAUAUCGGGUGCAAAGAUCCCUGUCGAUGUGAACGACUUAAAAUUGCAUACUAUCUACACAGGAGGAUAUACAACGGAUCAUCCGACAAUUACUUCGUUUUGGAAAAUUGUUAAUGAAUUUAACGACCAGCAGAAAGGACAAUUACUCAAGUUUGUUACGAGCUGCAGUCGACCGCCUUUACUUGGAUUUAAGGAACUUGAUCCACCCUUUUGCAUUCAGCAUGCUGGCAGUGUUGAUCGCUUGCCAACUUCCAGUACCUGUAUGAAUUUGUUAAAGCUACCAGAAUUUCCAGACGAAAAAACUCUACGUGAAAAACUUUUAUAUGCAAUACAAGCUGGUGCAGGUUUUGAAUUGAGUUAAGCUCAAUUAUUUUUCUUUCUUCUUUUUUCUUUUUUUUUUUAUUUUAAACGAAUUCUUUUGAGUAAAUCGACGAUACCUGACUGUAUAUAAAUUAUAAACGUAAUUAAAAACACAUACUUAAGAACAAAAUGCAAAUAUGAAACUUGCCAUAAUUCCACAACUAUGGAUAAGCAAUUCGAUUCGAUUUUAAUUACAGUAAGUGCUUUAAAUGUACUGUGUUUAUCUAUAACAAAAAAUAAGGACAAAAUGGAUUUUAUUUGAACAACUUUUUUCCUCCCCACCAGAGGACAGAGGAACUUAAAAAAUUUUUGUCGACUUAGGCAAUAAACAUGUAGUAUUGUCAGAAUGGGCCAACUAAUUGCCGGUAAUGUCUGGAUGAAGGAGCCGAUUAUCAAUACAUUGAACAAAUGUGUAUUGUUUGUAAAAAAUACGUUAUUUUUCCCUCUUUUUCCC